UAUUAUUUAUUUCUUUGUUUCAUGUGUAUUAAACAAAAACAACGGUGGCUAAUUCACGGCCUGUGCAUAUUUCGCGAGGGCGAAUGACAGUCGCGUGCUCCCGCUACCGCACCGACACAUCGGGAAAAUCAUCAGGGGGAGGAUGAAGCGGCGCAAUGCGGACUGCAGCAAACUCAGACGGCCGUUAAAACGGAACCGAAUCACCGAGGGUAUAUAUAGCAGUACAUUCCUGUACCUGAAGUUCCUGGUGGUGUGGGUGUUAGUUUUGCUUGCUGACUUUGUGCUGGAGUUCAGGUUUGAGUACCUGUGGCCCUUCUGGCUUUUCCUUCGCAGCGUCUACGAUUCGUACAGAUAUCAGGGGCUGGCCUUCUCAUUCUUCUUUGUGUUUGUGGCACUCACGUCAGACAUCAUCUGCCUCCUGUUCAUCCCUGUCCAGUGGCUGUUCUUUGCUGCCAGCACCUACGUAUGGGUGCAAUAUGUAUGGCACACAGAGAGAGGAGUGUGUCUACCCACUGUGUCGUUGUGGAUCCUGUUUGUAUACAUCGAAGCUGCCAUCCGCUUCAAAGACCUGAAGAACUUUCAUGUCGACCUGUGUCGACCUUUUGCCGCUCACUGUAUUGGCUACCCGGUGGUGACUCUGGGCUUUGGCUUCAAGAGCUAUGUGAGCUACAAGAUGCGGCUAAGGAAACAGAAGGAGGUGCAAAAGGAGAACGAGUUCUACAUGGAGCUGCUCCAACAGGCCCUACCCCCUGAGCAGCAGAUGCUGCAGCGACAAGAGAGGGAAGCGGAGGAGGCCAAGGGGAUUUCGGAGACGGAACCUUCCAUCGGGUCGCAAAACGGAGGACCCCCCAGUAAGAAAAGCGCCUCCGUCCCCUUACCAGAACUGGAGUGCAGGGAAAAGGGGAAGGACAAUGCUGGAAAAGAGCGCGAAGGCAAAAAAACCAACGCAAUUGGAAUCAAUAACAACAACAUUGUACACUCGCCGGACUCCAAACUCCAGGAGACGGAAUAUAUUGAGAACUACAUCAGGGCAAAGAAACUGAGCAACGACGUGGCGGCGGAGAACGCGCACGGCGACUCCAACGCCGUCGCCGCUUCCAAAGAAGAAGUGGCGGCGAGUGGCAAGAACUACAAAAAUGCCUCCGCGGGCGGCGCCUGCAACUCAUCGCCGCGGAAUCACACUUUCAGCAACGGCAGCCUGCCCGCGGCGGCCUCGUCGUCCGCUAAGAAUGACAAAAAGCAGAAGGGGGGUGGCAAAAGUCCAAAGGAUCCGCUGGAAAACUGCAUCCCCAACAACCAGCUGGCCAAGCUGGAUGCGCUAGUACGGAUGGAGCAGGACGUGAAACGGCUCAAGGCAGACCUGCAGGCCAACAGGCAGGUGGAGUCGGACUUGCGCAGUCAGCUGUCCACCCUGAGCAGCCAAGACCGCAGCCUUCGCUCCGAACUGGGCCAGCUCCAGCAGGACAACGAACUGCUUCAGAACAAGCUCCACAGUUCCGUCCAGGCCAAGCAGAAGGACAAGCAGACCAUCUCGCAGCUGGAGAAGAGGCUGAAAGUUGAGCAGGAGGCGCGGGUCCUGGCUGAAAAGCAGCUGGCCGACGAGAGGAAGAGGAAGAAGAUGGAGGAGGCCACGGCCGCCAGAGCGGUGGCCUUAGCCGCGGCCACCAGAGUGGAGUCGACCGAUUCCCUGCGCGGUCGAAUCAGAGAUCUGGAGACCGAGUGCAAGAAGCUCAGCAUGGACGUGAAAGUCAAAGAGGAGCAGAUUCGAGAUCUGGAGGGCAAGUGCCAGGAGUUGCGCAAAUACAAAGAGAACGAGAAGGACACCGAGGUCUUGAUGUCGGCGCUGUCGGCCAUGCAGGAGAAGACGCAGCACCUGGAGAACAGCCUGAGCGCUGAGACCCGGAUCAAGCUGGACCUGUUCUCCGCUCUGGGCGAUGCCAAAAGGCAGCUGGAGAUCGCGCAAGGCCAGAUCCACCAGAGGGAGCAAGAGAUAGCAGAGCUCAAGCAGAAGAUCGCCGAGGUGAUGGCGGUGAUGCCCAGCCUCUCUUAUUCGGCUGACAGCAGCAACCUGAGCCCGGUGACCCCGCACUACUCCUCCAAGUUCAUGGACAAUAGUCCCUCCUCCCUGGACCCCAACGCCUCAGUCUACCAGCCCUUCAAAAAAUGACCGGGUUGACUUGUUUACUUUUUUUUUUUCUUCUUUGAAGCUCUUUGUUUCACUUCGGGUCAUUCUGAGUUUACAAGCCUCCGACAGAUUUUUGCACUGAGAGACGCGACUCCUGCAGACAUAUCAACAUUUGAAAGGAGUGUUUUGAGUCGGGUCGGGAGGUUUCGGGCAGAUUGAUUUCAAUAGACGGGGGAAUGAGGAAUACUUUGUCGGCCGAGAAAGACGACAUUGAUGUCGCGCGUGGUUUUUCAUCAGCGUAUUCCUCAACGGGCUUUUGUUUCGUAUGAGUCAAUUUGGGCACCUAAGCGAUCGAGAGAUACGUGAAUGUAAGCCUAUUCAUGCUUUGGGAUCCGUGUUCACGUAACGCGAUGAUUGUUUGUUAUUUGAGGAUAAGAAUUUCCCCCACUCGAUUCAACGCUGUAGUUGAGGAUUAAUCACGGCACUGCCAAAACACGACAGAGUACAUCACCUUGUUUCCGCAAACAUGUUAUUUUCGAGGUGGACCAAAUUCCAACCUGUUCGGCCAUAUCCUUUGAUGAAUUUCAGAAUGAUGUCUCGGUAACUGCUCUUAUUUUGCAGAUUAUUCAGUGCCUUUCAAUUCUGCCAUUUUUUUUUUCUCAAAACGCCGCAGCCGGAUGCUUUCCGGUGGGGGCUUUUUCCUAUCAUUUACGUGUCACCAGCUCAACUAAGAACUUGUUUUGCAAUUUCCCAACUUAAAUAUGACAGCCUGAAUUUUGUCUUAAAGGGACAGUCUUGGUGUGACAAAUAUCAACCAAAACGGAAAAGAUGGCAUCCCUUUGUUUACAGCAAUGUACAUUGACCUCCGGAGGAAUGUUGCUUUGUUUAGUUAAGUGCCAAGUGUUGUGUUCUCCAUUCUUACUUCAAUUGGUGGAAUUAGCGUUACUUUUUUUAAAAAAGGUGUUUAAUUGUUUUUGUGUCACUAGAAUGUAUCUAGAUGGUGUAGAGCAGGAGUGUCAAACUCAUUUUUGUCGCUGGGCCACAUUGUAGUCACGGUUUCCCCUGGAGGGUCGUAAUGAAUUUUGGGGAACCAUACAAAUGUUUAAUCCCCUCCACAUCUUGCAUACACGGCGCACAACAAAUUGAUGAAUAGUUUUAAAAUAUAGUGAAGAAUAAUGACUCUUUGAAAUUGAAAUUUGACAUACUUGAUUUGCUUUCGCGGGCCGCAUAAAAUGAUGUGGUGGGCCAGACCUGGCCCCCGGGCCUUGACUUUGACACCUGUGGUGUAGCGUUUACAAGGCCGAUUGCAACGAAGCAGCGGGUUGUGACUCCCGAUUGUGUUAUUCAUACAUGUGUUUACUUGUGGAUUUCAUUUGGGGGACAGUAUUUUUGUACUUCUCAUGAUGUUGACUGCUCAAAUUUUUCAACCAGGUCGGGAUUUUGUGAAUGUGAACCAUUUUGAUCAUGUUUGUGCUAUCAUGUGACCUUAACCUGGAACAUUGUUGUUGCGGAUCACUCACUUUCAGUACUGUACAUUCAGUUCAUGUUGUGAGAAAGGAAGAAUGAAGAGAGGCAAAGAAAAGUGAUUUGUGCCCCCCUCCCCCUCCACAUCUCACUUUAAGCAAAGUGACGGACUUCAGUUUGCCCAUCACUAUUAAAGUCUUGCUGGAGGCA